AUGACUGACUUGAUUAUUUGGCUAGAUACGUAUGUCCCUGGAAUCUCCAGGGCAGGUGGCUUUACUAUCACUUGCGCCCCUUCAUCAGCAGCCUCGUGCGAUGGUCUGGUUGCGCCCUAUCUCGAGCUCGCCAUUCAGCAGUCUCCGGAGAAUGCGGUCGCGGCAUGGCUAUGGCAGCCAGCGGAGAAUAUUAUCGGCUCAAAUUUGCAUGUCCGCAUCGGGGGCAGCUUUGUUUUCCCUCCCCCUUCUCGUCCUCAGUUGGAGAAUAUUGAGAGGAUUGUUUUCGUGGCAGGUGGCGUAGGCAUCAACCCCCUUAUGAGCAUGUUAAGCUAUAUCGGUGAGACGGAUGGCUUUUCCAAGCCUGACGUAUCCGUCUUCUAUGCGAGCAAGUUGCCGGACCGGGGAGGCUUGGAGAGCAUCUUGUUUGUGCAGCGUGUAGCGGCCUUAUUCGCAGAUGGCCGGGUCAAGGGAAAGUUCAAGAUGUACUUGACGGGCAGCCCCGAAAGCCUUCAGCGCUUCAAGAGAUGCCGCAAAGCUCAUCGUGUCAUAGACAAACUCGUUGAAGUUCAAGAGGGCAGAUUAUCGGCGGCUGAUUUGUGCCCAGAUCCGACGAAUGGGGACCGGUCUUCGAGCAUGUUUUACAUUUGCGGUCCUCCAACCAUGACAGAUUCCAUGUUUACGUCUCUGACUUCUGGUAAUCCAGGAUUGAGCAUAUCGCCAGCACAAAUCAUGACGGAGAGGUGGUGGUAG